AUGUGUAAAAUCUCCCUUGUCGACAUGCCAUUUGGUAGUAUGAAAAAGAUGGAAUACAAAGGAAAACAAUGGCAUGAUAAAUGUUUCUGCUGUGCACAUUGCAAAAAUCCUAUUGGAACCAAGUCGUUUAUCCCGAAAAAUGAAGAAGUCUAUUGUGGAUCAUGCUAUGAAGAGAAAUUCGCUACUAGAUGCAAUAAGUGCAAAAAGGUCAAAGAUUCACGAGUAAAGAUGAGAAACCAUACUGUGCAAAUUGUUACG